UAAAUGGCGGACAUUGCUAGCAAGGAAGUGGAAGGGGAAUUUCGGCAGUCCCGGUGGCUGUUAUUCCCAUGCCUUAUGCGGUAUCUACAUAGGCACUCUCUCAUCAGGAAAUACAGCGAAAGUUGAUGCACAUUGCAGGAACAUGAAGUGGCAUGACCAAGUCUCUUGCAUAGAAUUUGGAUCUGUCUUCCUGAACGUUCUAUGAGAUCCAGUCCAAACAACUGCAUCCAAAGCACUAUGGGGGACGAGGAGGAUCUCACCAUCCCCCGUGCAGCGAUGAACAAGAUGAUCAAAGAACUGCUGCCUAAUAUUCGCAUCGCGAACGAAGCCCGGGAGCUCAUCUUAACCUGUUGCACCGAGUUCAUUCAUCACCUGUCUACUGAGGCGAAUGACAUUUGCAAUAAGCAGCAGAAGAAGACUAUUUCAGCCGAUCACGUGCUGGGAGCACUUGACAGCCUGGGUUUUGGUGCGUACCGUCAGGACGCAGAAGCUGUACUGAAAGACUGCAAGGCUGUUGCGGCAAAAAGACGCCGCCAGAGCACUAGGUUAGAGAACCUGGGUAUCCCCGAAGAGGAGCUGCUUCGGCAACAGCAAGAACUUUUCGCAAAGGCAAGGCAGCAGCAAGCUGAGCUGGCACAGCAGGAGUGGACACAAAUGCAGCAGGUGGCACAGCAGCAGCUACAACAGCAGAUGAGCCAGACAGAAGAUGACGAUGAAUAUUGAUUGAGAUGUCUGUUUCCUGUUUGUACUUCAUUUAGUACUUUCCCCGCCUCAUUUGGAUAUGUUUUGAACAUCCAUAAUUGAUGUGUAAGUUUUGUUCCCGUUUUAAUGCAGAAUAAAUUCAAAUAGUUAAUGUCAACAGA